AUGAAAUGUCCCAAAUGCAAUAGUGAAGAAAUCGAGUCUGAUUCUUCUAAAGGCGAUUUAAAAUGCACAAAUUGUGGAAAGGUCCUCGACGAAAGCCAGCUCGCUAAUGAAGUCACUUUUUCUUCCCAAGCCGUCGUAGGUACUUUUGUUUCAACAAUCGGGCGAUCCCUCAGAACUGCAAAAGGCUACACCCGAGAAUCUUCAGAACUCAGCCUAGCCCGCGCCCAACGUGAAAUCCAGAACCUCGCUGCAAACAUGAAAAUCUCCCAACAAGACGCCGAAGCCGCACUUAGACUGUAUUCUCUUGCAAAGCAGCAAAAUUUCAUACAAGGCCGAAAAGGGAUCCAUGUGAUUGCAGCAGCUCUUUAUAUUGUCUGUAGGCAGCAGCGUAGCCCAUUGCUGCUUAUUGAUUUUGCUGAUGCAAUUGGCGGGGAUUUAUUUGUAUUAGGCUCUGUUUAUAGAAAACUGGUAAAAGCUUUGCAUUUUGAUACGGCGCUGCCUCUGAUUGACCCAAGUCUUUUUAUUCAUAGGUUUUGUGCAAAGCUGGAUUUUAAAGAAAAAACGAACCAAGUUGCUAUGACUGCUAAUAGAAUUGUACAGAGGAUGAGGAGGGAUUGGAUGAGCUCAGGGAGGAGACCGACUGGUCUUUGUGGGGCUGCAAUUUUGAUAGCAUCAAGGUAUCAUGGGUUUAAAAGGUCGACACAGCAGGUUUUGCAGGUGGUCAGGGUUUGUAAUGAUACUAUAAGAAAAAGACUAGAAGAAUUUGAAAAUACUAUGGUCGCAAGCUUGACUAGGGAGGAAUUCGAAACCUUGAACUUAGAAAGUGAAGAUUUAGGGGAAAGCAACCCACCUUCAUUUAAACCUUUUUCUAAUGAUAAUCCUAAAGCUAUUGAAGAUGCUCCUAGCUUGUUAGCACUUCCUAGCACCAUUCCUGACAACUUGUCUGAUAUUGAUGAAGACGAAAUCGAUGAAUUUAUAUUAUCCCCUCAUAUACAUAAAAUGGGCGUAUGGCGACCGACCCACCCUCUCAGUGGUGGUUACCCAUGUAUAUCCGGGCAUGGUUUUUUGGAGCCAGGAGUUGGCCCAGCAAUGUUUGGGACCUCGAAGCGAGAGGUCUAAGCACAAAGACCGCUGUUUUUGUGACCGAACCCAUGGGCAGUUACUCGUGACUUCUUUUUGCCAGCAGCGCUCAGCCCAGUGAGUGCCCGAAAUGAGGCAGGGCGACUUACCUGCCUAAGCUGCUUUUGUGGCUCGCCCCGAAUGGCGAAAGCUGUUGAGUUCUUUCUCGGGAUGACCGGAAAAGAGGGGAGGCGAGUUUGACAUCUAAACGGGAGUCUCUCCAGUUAAAAGGUGCCCUUCAAUGGGCAGAUCUGGCGGACGACGCGGCAGUGUUGGCGUAAACUUAGGCGACGAUCCAAGUUGGAAAUGGAGGCGGUCAGCAAAGACGGUAUGGCACGUCCCUUGACCUUCACCUCUACCGAGAAACCGGGGGUUUCGGCCCGGGCUUGGUGAACGCUCUGCCACCAUACGGGAAACCGUAGAAUGCUUCCUCGGACGAAGCACGGACUUAAAAUACCCAGCGUAAUCUUAAUCUUAAUCUUAAUCUUUAUAUUAUCCCCUCAAGAAUCCUACCUUAAAAGCUUAGUGUGGCACCAAUUAAAUUCUGACUGGCUAGAAAAGCAAAAACAAAAAGAAUUCACCUCAGAGCCUCCUCUCAAAAAGAAACGUAAGAAAAAAGUGUCAAUUGGAGAAAGCCCAAAAGAUCCAGUUGAGGCUAUCAAGAUGAGUGGUAAACUCAGCAACUCAAUGAAUCCUGAAGUCCUUAAUAAUCUUUUUAAGAACGAGAAUCAAGAAGUGUAUACUUAUACAUCUCUUUUACAAAGGAAAUAA